AUGGUUGAACCGCGCAAUUUGGAAAACGCUGGGAACGCAAUCAUCUGCCGCGAAAACGAUUCGCCACAGCUACGAGAAGCACUUUCGAAACUGGCUGAAGUUUCAAAACAGGAUGGAGCGCUCAUUCUCGCACAACUCUCGCACGCUGGAAGGCAAACUCCCUUCACGGUGAAUGAGUACCCAUACUCAAGCUCUGAUGUGCAAUUGAACAGCUCUAUCAUAGAUGGUGGUAAACCCGUACCAUUGGCAUUGGACCAGCUGAAAACUGAAGUGAUCGAUCGCUUUGUUUUUGCCGCAAAAGUAGCCUAUGAAACAGGAUUCGAUGGGAUAGAAUUGCACGCUGCACACGGCUACCUUCUUUCCCAAUUCAUGUCUCCUACAGCGAACAAAAGAAAAGAUAGAUAUGGUGGUUCCUUGGAAAAUAGAUUUCGGCUUAUCGCAGAGAUAUAUCGAGCUAUCAGGAAACAGAUACCACCAACUACUGGUUUUAUUGUUGGAAUCAAAACCAAUUCCGUGGAGUUUCAAGCAAAUGGGUUAACCAUCGAAGACGCAAAGGAAGCCUGUCUUAUGAUAGAGGUCAGCUCAUUCUCAUGA